AUGCAGGAGGCGCUGGGUUCUAGUCAGCUACAGAGGACAAUGGGAAUGAAUGGACAACUCCCGGAGACCGCAAUGCAACAACAACAACAACGGCAGCAACAGCGGACCCAACUGCUCCCUAGCUAUAGCGGAAUACCUACGGUGGACGAACUUGCUACGCUUUCACCCCAUGAUUUUGACCACGUCUCUCGACUGGCAGAGGAGAUGAUGAAAAAAUUGAGCCCAGAAGAUACGGAGAAAAUUAAUUUCAACCUGUCAGAUAUGACACCCGAAAAGCGCCUGUACCUAGCCCAGAAGAACCUCGAACCAAUGACUUAUUUCUUCCGGUCACAGGCGCUCAACCAGAUCAGACGAUUUCGUCUCGCUCGUCUGCAAACGAGCAACUCUUCCGACGAUAAAAUCGGUUAUGCGAGCGAUCUGCCUUGA